AUGGGAAGUUUGGCGCCAAUAAUACGGCAUACUGCCAGUGCAGCGCCAAAAGAAUUGAGUCCGUCUGGCAAAGGAGCAGAUCGAAGAGCACAAUGGAAAUGUCUUCAGUGCAAAAAGGUUUCCUUCAGCCCCUCCCGUCCAAGUUCUGAAGCCACCCCUGGUGACAAUUCUGGUGGGGAGUCGGCGACCUUGGAUGUUAUUCUUAAGGAGAUUCGUGAGAUGAAGAAGCUGGUCACAACAGUUCCAACUCUUAUCGAAGACAUCAAAUCUAUUAAAGUUGAAUUAAUCCAUCUGAAGGAGUCUUGUGAGUACAACAGUAGUUCACUUAAAUCUUUUCAAGAUCAAGUCUCCAGUUUGGAACGUGGUGUAUCUCAGAUUGAAAAGAUUCAAAAUUCUCUCGCUGUGGCCAACAAGGAAAUAGCUAAUCUUAAAAGUGUUAUUGAGACCAAGGAACAAUGGUCACGGCUGAGUAAUGUUGAGAUAAAAGGGCAUCCACCUAAAACCCAAUGA